CGGAGGACGGAUGGCUUUCUUCAGCCACAAGGAGAUCGACUCGUGGAAUGGCAACUACAAGGAGACGAACCUCGACUGCGUUGGUUACACAGGCGCCGCCGUCGGCGUCCUUGGCGACCGGGCGAUUGUGCUCGGUGGGCGGGAGACGCCGGGCGAAGACUUCAACGAGAGCGCGCUCAUCCUAGUCUUCGAUCUAACGAGUGAGCGGAUCCUGUACGACUACGACGUCCAGGGCCGCAUCUCCCGGCGCAUCGGCCACCGUCUUGCGGCGCUGCCGUCCAAGGCGUCGCUCUUUCUCUUUGGUGGCGAAGCUGUUUCGAGCGACAAACAUGCCUACGAGAGCUUGGACGACGUGUACAAGCUUCAGCUGGACGCCAACAUCCUCACGAUCGAAGCGGUGCCGCGAAAGACCGAGGACGAGGCGCCGGCGCCGCGCGCGUGGCACUCGCUCACGCUUGUCAAGUACCGUCCCGCCCAAGACGCGACCAAGACGACCAAGGGCCAGGCCGCGCCGGUGGUCAGCGAGCCCGAGGAGGCGCUUUUGCUGCUCGGUGGCCGGAGCUCGGUGGCGCCAACGCACAUGAAAGACGUGUGGAUCUACAAGACUGCGGAAAAGACAGACGAGCCGAGCGACGGGCCCGCAGCAUCGCACAAGUGGCUCAAACUCUCGACGGAGGGUGCGUCGCCGCUACCGCUCGCCCACCACACGUGCGAGCCGUUGCACUCCGGCGAGAAGGUCCUCGUGUUUGGCGGUAUCAAAGGCGCGCACCACAACGACGCGAUCAGCAUCUUGGAUCUCUCCACAGGCAUCGCUACGUGGAGCACGCUGGCCUCGUCGCCGCUGCUCGCUACGUGCUUUCACGCCGCCGUCUCCAUGAGCGUCCCCAUCGAUGCCAACACGCCGUCCGACUACUUUCCUCAGACGGUCACGGACGCCACGCCUCUGGACCGUAUUGUGGUCUUUGGCGGUGUUGCGGCGGACGGACCGGUUGAGAGUGCCACCUUUCUUCUGCUGGACGCGUCGACCGGCCUCGUCGACCGCGUCACGGGCUGCUUGGCGCUCCAAAGCUCGGUGGGACACGCCCCGGUCGCAUCGCCCGACCGCCGCAAGCUAUAUCUCUUUGGCGGCACCGCAGCGGGCCACGUCUGGCGCAACGCGACGUCCGUUGUGGACCUCUGGCAGUACCAAUACGAGCCUGCGCCCGACAUGUCCCGCUUCGAGAAGAUCCGCACCUUCCAGUACCCGAACGGGGACGUGUACGUCGGCGAGCUAGACCCAGACACGGACAUGCGGCGCGGCCUCGGGCGCUGCACCUUUGUCGAUGGCCGCGUGUACGAAGGUCACUGGGCCAACGAUGUCUUUGACGGAAUUGGCGUCAUGACGUAUGCCAACGGAGACGUUUACGACGGCGCGUGGCGGCAAGGGGCGCGGGCCGGUCUCGGGAAGCUCACGAUCGCGCCGUCGCCGUCGACCAGCGUGGCCUACUACGACGGCGCGUGGGAGGCCGACGCGCGCGACGGCAGCGGCGCCUUGGGCUAUGUCAACGGGUCGGUGUUGCGCGGCGCGUGGGCGUCCGACACCUUGGACACGUCCCAUGCGACGAUCGAGGAAUUUGCACUCGACAGCGCUCGCAUCGGCACGUACGAGGGCGAGGUCGAGAGCGCGACCAGCUUGCCCCACGGCAAUGGACGCUUCGAGACGCACGGGUACCCGUCGCGCGGCGAGAUGUACGCGGGGCGCUGGGCCCACGGCAAGCGCGACGGCGAAGGGAUGAGCAUGCUCUAUGACGGCACCAUCUACCGCGGCGAGUUCAAGAACGGCAAGAAGAACGGGUUUGGCACGUGCGACUUUGCGCGCACCCGCGACAAGUACGAGGGCAAGUGGGUCGGCGACCAGCGCUGCGGCCAAGGCACGUGCACGUACGCAGCGGGGCUCGUCUACGACGGCCACUGGGCCGCCGACCAGCGCCACGGCUUUGGCCGCUGCACGUACACGGACGGCACGUUCUACGAGGGCGAGUGGAAGAGAGACGACUUCACCGGCGACGGCGCGCUCGUGCUCGGCGACGUGCAGCCCAGCGAGCGCUAAGGCGCGUCCAUCCUAGUCGUAACUGGAAUCAACAAACUGCAAGGCAAA